CGGGCGGGCCGGCCGCGCCUGUCAGCGGGGCGGCGGGAUGGCGGCGCUGUACGCCUGCACCAAGUGCCACCAGCGCUUCCCCUUCGAGGCGCUCAGCCAGGGCCAGCAGCUCUGCAAGGAGUGCCGGAUUGCUCAUCCCAUUGUUAAAUGCACUUACUGCAGGACUGAAUUCCAGCAGGAAAGCAAAACCAACACGAUAUGCAAGAAGUGUGCUCAGAACGUGAAGCUCUAUGGCACACCAAAACCCUGCCAGUACUGCAACAUCAUAGCAGCAUUUAUUGGAAACAAAUGCCAGCGUUGCACCAACUCAGAGAAGAAGUAUGGCCCUCCUCACUCGUGUGAGCAGUGCAAGCAGCAGUGUGCAUUUGACCGGAAGGAUGACAGGAAGAAGGUGGAUGGAAAGCUGCUGUGCUGGUUGUGCACCCUGUCCUAUAAACGAGUCCUGCAGAAGACCAAAGAGCAGUGCAAACACCUGAGCAGUUCUUCCCGAGCCAGCCUGCAGGAGAAGGAGCAGUUCAGUAGGCUCAGCAGUGGCAGCCACUAUAACAGCCAGAAAACCUUAUCCACGUCUUCCAUUCAGAAUGAAAUCCCAAAGAAGAAAGCCAAGUUUGAUGCCAUAUCUGCCAAUGGUGACAGUUUUUCUCCUGACCUUGCCCUGGACUCCCCUGGCACUGACCACUUUGUCAUCAUUGCCCAGCUGAAGGAGGAAGUGGCUACUUUAAAAAAGAUGCUUCACCAGAAGGAUCAGAUGAUUUUGGAGAAGGAGAAGAAGAUCACAGAGCUGAAAGCUGACCUGCAGUACCAAGAAUCACAGAUGAGGGCAAAGAUGAACCAAAUGGAGAAGACACACAAGGAGGUCAUGGAGCAAUUACAGGAAAGAGGAAUCAAGGCUCCCCGGGAGCUGGCGAGGGGCCCCAGCACCUUCAUUCCCUUGGGAGAGAUCCCGCAGGAAGGUGGGGACAGCAGCCUGCACCAGCUCCUCAAGGCCUUCGUCUCGGCAGGCAGGGUGGACCACGUCGCCAUGGUCAUGGGGCUGCACCCCCAGUACCUGAGCAGCUUCUGGAAGACCCAGUACCUCCUGCUGCGCAUGGACGGGCCCCUGCCCUACCACAAGCGCCACUACAUCGCCAUCAUGGCAGCAGCCCGGCACCGCUGCUCCUACCUGGUGGGGUUGCACAUGGGGGAGUUCCUGCAGGUGGGGGGCAACCCUGCGUGGCUGCGGGGGCUGCACUGUGCCCCCCAAAAACUCCGGAACCUCAACGAGAUCAACAAGCUGCUGGCACACCGGCCCUGGCUCGUCACCAAGGAGCACAUCGAGGCUCUGCUGAAGCCAGGGGAGGACAGCUGGUCGCUGGCAGAGCUGGUGCAGGCACUGGUGCUCCUCACCCACUACCACUCGCUCGCCUCCUUUGUCUUCGGCUGCGGCAUCAAACCCGAGGAGGAGCAGGAUGUGGGGAACAGCUGCUGGACCCCCUCACCCCACGGUGACAGCAGCCCUGCCUCUGAUGACAGCAUGGGGGGCUCUGGGGGCACAGAUGCCAUGCAGGAGGUGGAGAUGCUGAUGGAGAGGAUGAAGCUGCUGCAGGAAAACCAGCUGGAGGAGGAAGGGGUCACACAGGAGGAGAUGGCAACGCGCUUCGAGCUGGAGAAGACAGAGAGUUUGCUGGUCCCUUCCUCAGAUAUUUUGGAUCCCUCCCUGCAGUCCAACAUCCGCUGCUUCCUGGACGACCCUGAAUUCGGAUACAAGGACUUCACACGGAGAGGGGAGCAGGCCCCCCCCACCUUCCGUGCACAGGAUUACACCUGGGAGGACCACGGCUACUCGCUGAUGAACCGCCUGUACCCCGACGUGGGGCAGCUCCUGGAUGAGAAGUUCCAGGUGGUUUACAACCUCACCUACAACACCAUCGCCAUGCACUGUGGCGUGGACACCUCGGUGCUGCGCCGGGCCAUCUGGAACUACGUCCACUGCGUCUUCGGCAUCCGCUAUGAUGACUACGACUAUGGGGAGGUGAACCAGCUCCUGGAGCGCAACUUAAAGAUCUACAUCAAGACAGUGGCUUGCUACCCGGAGAAGACAACCAAGCAGAUCUACACGCAGUUCUGGAGGCACUUCAAACACUCAGAGAAGGUGCACGUCAACCUGCUCCUGCUGGAGGCCCGCAUGCAGGCGGCUCUGCUCUACGCCCUCAGGGCUGUCACUCGCUACAUGACCUGAGCUGCCGCUGCUCCCUCCUCCUGCCCUGGCUGUGCAGACAGGCCAGGGGGCAGCUGGAACCCUGAAAAUCCAUCGGGAGUCUUGUCUCCCUGCUUAAUGAGCUGUGGAAGUAAAGUGGGAGCUUCCCUGAGCUUUCUCCCAGACAAGGGGAGCCCCAAGAAGCUCUCAGUGCUGGGGAGACCCCAAAGUGCUGCCUGGGCUUGGUGAGUGCUCUACUGCUCCAUCCUUUUUGGGGUUAGCCCCAGUGAAGCUAAACUGGGAUGUCUGUGGGGGCAGUGCUGGUGUCACACCCCUGUGACAUGUCCGGGUACCAGGGCUGCCACCAAAGAGCACUGUCCCCCUGCCCGAGAUGGCCAGAGGAUCUCUUGGGCUUCACCCCUGCUUUUUGGGUCCUGCUGGGCUGGGAGACACAGUUGCUGGUGGGGGUGCUGCCCAGGCACCCCCCUCACCUUUCUGCCUCAUCCCCUGCAGUUUGGGAUGUGAAGUGCCUUUAACCUAAGUGCCAGGGCAGGAGCAGGGAAAGGGUAGGAAUACCCGAGUGUGUUUUACACCUUUUUGCAUUGUUUUCUAACCACUGGCACAUUUCCACUGCCUCAGCUUUAGGGGCUGAGGUGGGGAGCUGUGCUGGGGCAUGAGGCUCCCUCAGCCUUUGUCCUGCUGUGAGGGU